AUGAAAGCAGUAAUUCUUCUUAUUGUAUACGCUGUGACACUUGUACGAGGAAGCUCUUGUCCACCUGGAUGGGAACCGUACGCAGGAACUAGUGAUAGGUGUAUUGCUGCAUUUAGAAAUGAAUCUUCGUGGUUCGAUUCUCUUAGAAACUGCCAACGUUAUGGAGCAUCUUUGGUAUCUAUCCAUAACUCUUUCCAAAAUCUUCAUGUUGCAACUUUGGCUGAAAAAACAUUUGAGUCAUGCAAAUACUGGAUCGGACUGUAUAAUAUUGAUGCAGAUAAAAAAUUCAGGUGGACUGACAAUAGCCCAACUAAUUACUCUAAUUGGUUACAAGGUCAGCCCCCACAAGUUUCGGAAGCAACUACGGUUUAUAUGUCGCUACAGUCCCGUUUUAAGUGGGCCACCACUACGGAAGUUGCCGAGAACAGCUGUUUUGUGUGUGAAAUAACCUUGAACAGUUCUACAGUAGGAACUUUUGCGCCCCCAACGACGAAACGGACCACUGUCGCUCCUUGCAGUCAACAGGAGAAUCGAGAUGUAUGUGGAGAGAGUGAUCAUUUAGGUAAAUGCGAGCAGAUUGGAAAUAGUUGUGAUUACCACUGCUGUUGCACUGAUGGUACUUACAGCUGGCACUGUGAAUAG